AUGCUCAUCCCUCUUCUACUAAGUGGGGCCAUUGCGUACUCGUACGUGGCGAGUAUCAAGAUUGCACAGCCUAAGUACCUAGAAAAUCUCUCCAGAGAUGAUCCCCAGGUCAUGAAGUACCGAAUGGGCAGAGUCACCAGCUUGUGCAUCUUCAUCUUGAUCUCACUUCCGCCCGUUGUGACUUAUGGCUUGGACUACUACCAUGACCUUCCCAGUGCCAUCCGCCAGUUUGGACUCGUACCUGGCUUCACCAACACACAUAGCAUAAUGGAGGACGUUUUGAACGUUAUGAUCUGUCUCGGCAAGAUGCUUAUACUCUAUUGUGGACCCUUGGCGAGCUACUUUCUAGUUGGGCCUUCUUUAGAGGAAGAUCUUAAAGAUAACUUCACGACACUCUGGGGCUUCAGGUCACAUGUGUUUGCGCCCAUCACCGAGGAAUUCGUCUACAGGGCAGCGAUAUUCAGUCUUCUCCAGCCUGAUCAACUCUCCGAGAGCUAUGAAUCUGCUGCUUUGGAAAUCGAACAGGAGAAGCAAAUGGUCAAGGCCUUGAAAAGGCUUUCCAUGGGUAAUAUGAUCGAUCACGAUCCGGAUUUCCCCAUGGAGGACCCAGAGCUUCUCCUUAUGAACGAGAGAGAGAGAAACGACGAUUCCACCGCCUCUCUAGAUACCCUUUCGCUUUCAAGAUCUGCAUCACCCGUGUCAUCCGAAUCACAAAGUCCUCCGUUGGAAGGUAAAGAGCCAUCCUUGUCUCCUUCGAAGGUCUCUUCCGGACCAACAUCUCAUUACGUUACACCAGAAGAUAGCAUAGAUUCAGACACACUGUCUGUUAAUCACGACAACGUUCUCUGGGUUCCAGCGAAUAUGCACCCGGAGGUCAACCCACAGCAAUUCAAGCAGCAUGUCAAAGUCACCAUCGACGAGCUUCUAGAACGGAAGAUUUCGAGAUCGAAGUCAACCCGUUCAAAGCGCUCCUCUUUAUCGCUCUCCACCAACGACGAUUCGCAUAAUGAUGACGACGAAGAAGACACUUCAAUUGACAAUCUGUCGCAGCAUCAGGACCUGACUAAUCGUUAUAGCAAUCCUUCACUUUUGGAGCUCAGUACUGAGCUCGAGUCGUUAUCGCGUCUAGCUGGUAUGGACUCUGACGAUGCUGUUACGCUAGCAAGAUCCUUGUCAACACACUCUCUUGGUUAUACUGAGGUUGAGAAAGCUGCCAUCGACGAGUUGGGCUCCCCGAAAGCGCACACUGGUGCCAAUCAAGCCGAAAUCCUUGACUUCGGCAUGGACAAAAGGCCUCAACAGAGAUUUGCCGGCGACCAGCGCUCUUCAACUGAAGAGUCGCAAUUCGCUUUGAAGAGAAGCAGGCGAAUGAAUUAUAGAAAGCCACAUACCUCGACCCCAACACACUUGGGGUCUCAGUUGCAGAACAAGAAAGCUGGAAAUUUGGCCGAGCUUAGACAUAAUCUCAAUUCCUCAGCAAUGCCUAUGUCAUAUCCAAGUGAGCCCGAGAGACACAUGAAGAGCCCAGCGAGCCGCCAGAGUAUGCAAAGCAUCAACCCUAGAAGCUCACAGGUUCUUUUUAAUUACAAGGGUCCUGCAAGGCUGCUGAGCCAUCCAAAAUUGCCUGCCUCUGCUCCACCAAAUUCAACACCUCCACCGGCAGUGCCAGCACCAAGAAGAUCACAGGGCCCCGGCAUGGGCUCAUCUGUCAAGGAUUCGCCAUUUGGACCAGUGGCUUCAUCGCCUGAGUUGCAUCACAACUUCGGUCCUCGUAGCUUGAGCGCCCAAAACCUUAUGCAUCAGCGCCAUAAGCACGGACUUUCCUCACGUCCGCUGCGUGAAAAUCUUCAGCAAGGUUUUCAAGGCUCCAGUGGAUUCCCAUCGCCACAUUCGCCAUCUGGCCAAUUUAGGCCCCAGCAUCGGAAGCCAUCUCCAACUUCUCAUCCUAGGUACGAGCAUGGUCAACCUUCGGCUGAGAGACGUAACUUCUCACCACAGGGGCAUCCUCAAUACCAAAACCAGAGUGGCCCAAAUUUGGAAUAUAAGCAGCAAUAUCCUCAGACACAUGGCUAUUCUCAGCAGCAAGCCCACAAGCACUGGCAAGCUGCAAAUAGAAGCGGUAUGCCGCCGAGAUCGAGAAGGCCUCUGGCCGACCCCGUCAAGGAAGAGCACCAGAGGAUUAGUACACCACACCAUCCUGCAAGGUUGGGUCGUGAUAUCAAGCUGGAGAAGACAUCGCAGCUCAAUGAAAAUCUAGACAUGUUGAGGAAUGAAAUCAAUGAAUUCAAAGAAAGUUUGUCACAGCCGGAACGAAAGAGAGAAAGAGUUAAGGAGCCAGAAGCCUCUCAGCCUCAAGAAACUUCCGCAGUACAGCCAGACGAAUUGGUUCCUGAGAUCAGCUUUGACACUUCUUCAGCAGAUGUGAGUUACGAGGAUACUCUUGGAAUGGAGAAAGAUUUUCUUGGACAGAUCAAGGACGAGGUACGCACCAGCACUCCUAUCGCCAGCCCAGAGAAGCAAACCAAGCGUAGUUCGAUGGGUACAGCUCCUAUAGAAAGGGAAAAGGAUGCCACGCAAAAUGUCCGGGACACUGAGAGUUCAUCGGCUGUUAACUUACCUAAGAAUGACGAUGAGAUCACGAAGUUUGAAGUAAGGACCAUUGAGGAGCCUUCACCAAAGCUUGAACAGGAGGAAGUUGUACAGAGACCCGUCGAGCCAGUUAAGGAGGAUGUCGAAGAACCGAUCAGAGAAUACGUACAGCCAUCUCAGGAAGAGCCAUCUCAGGAGGUGAAGGUUGAACGAAAAGAAUCUGUUAGUAAAUCAGCCGAGGCCAUUGCGAAGCAGCUGGAAAUCAAGGAUGAUGAUGUCUCAUCGAGGCAGACUUUUGAGAACAAUAGGUCAUCUGAAAGUCUCCCCAGAGUCAAAACUAGAACUUCUGAACCCGACGAGAGUUUGAAGAGAACUGAGGUAUCACCAACUAUGCCAGUAGUUGAUGAGCUGAAAAAGUUGAAGAAGAAAAAGUCAUUUGGCUCACUCACUGGGGGUGACAAGAAGAAGACUAAGAAGAGUUGGAUUUGGUCGAAGGGUCGGUCAGUUAGUGCUCAGAACCUACCGGAAGUGGCAAAUCUGCAAAAGCCAUCCCGUUCAGUGUCUUCGCCAGACAUCAAUACGCACAAACGGGACCACAAGGCAGCGUCCGACCACAAGGAGCCCAAGGAAAAUGUCAUCUCGAAAUUAUUCAAGAAAAAGAGAAGUAACUCUGUCGAAAGUCCAGAAGUUUAUGCCCAAAGACACGAGACCACCAACGAAGAGAAAGAACAAAAGACUAUCAAGAGAAUUAGCUCUGCUAUAUUUGGCAAUUCGAAGGACGAUGAUGCCCGCAGUGUAUCGUCUAAAGAAGAGAAGGAACCAAGUAUUGAUGAGGUCAGGCUGGAAAUUCUGAAGGAAGAAUCAAUUGAGUCCAGCAAGUCAACCUUGAUGAGCAAGAUGAAGGCGAAAGUCAAACAUGAAGAGAAAGAGAAAUCUGCCGCGGAGACUGUUGAGGUUGAGGAAACGAUCGAGGAAGCUUCUGAGGAAGAUCUGGAAGAGCAGAAGCCACAAACAACGCUUGAGGUCCAAGAGAAGAUCAAGAAGCUGAUCAAGAGAACAUCUAAGGCCAACCAGCCCCUCGAGUACACGGACUCAGCAUUCGGAUUUCCUCUUCCACCCCCGUCAGUAUCGACUUUGGUGAUGUUGGACUACAGGUUCCCCGUUCAUGUUGAGCGGGCAAUUUACAGACUCUCCCAUCUCAAACUCGCCAACCGCAAGCGAUCGCUCCGUGAGCAAGUUUUGCUCUCUAAUUUCAUGUAUGCCUACUUGAACUUGGUGGACCAUACGUUACACUUGGAGCAGCGCAUGAGUGAAGAAGAAUCAAAUGCCAUGGAAGAGCCAGACGCAGACAUGGACCUUUUCAAUGAUGACGAUAAGGAUACUGAUUUCGAAGGCGAGGACGAAGCUCUCGACGACAACGCAUUUGACACUGUUCGGCUCGAUCUACGCGGAGAUUCCUACAAUGAGAUAACGGUGUAG